GUACGUGUAGCCAGCUCUUUAACCAUUGCGAAGGGCAGGUAGAGAAAGCUGAAGCCGAAACAAGGAGCAUUUCGCAGUACAGCGAGAGCAAGUCUUAGCUUUCCCCGGAUAGCGGAACAACAAAGGUUGCAGCAAAUCAGAAACAGGCAGAUAAGCGCAGUCGCCAAAUGAGUAAUAGUAUCUAAACAAGGAGAUUGCAAAAGUGACAGAAGAUGUAUAAUAAUCAUCAUCAAGGCCACAACAACAACCUUCUUAUUCCUUCGCGGGGAGCCUUUCCUGCAGAUAAGCAUUUGUUUUUGCAAGGGGGGAGUGUUCAGGGGGAGUCGGGGCUCGUUCUCUCUACCGAUGCUAAGCCUAGAUUGAAAUGGACACCGGAACUCCACGAGCGUUUCAUAGAGGCGGUAAAUCAUCUCGGCGGAGCAGAUAAAGCCACACCGAAAACAAUCAUGAGGCUCAUGGGCAUCUCAGGACUAACUCUAUAUCACCUUAAAAGCCAUCUUCAGAAAUACAGGCUUAGCAAGAAUCUACAGACGCAAUCGAGUAACGGAAGCACGAAAAAUAUUGUAAGCUGCACCGUAGCAACAGAUAGAACACUCGAAGGGAAUGGAGCGCCGAUAAGCGAUUUGAAUAUCGCGUCCCAGACAAAGAAAACUAUGCAGAUAAGCGAAGCAUUGCAAAUGCAAAUUGAAGUACAGAGGCGCCUGCACGAACAACUAGAGGUGCAAAGACAUCUACAACUCCGCAUUGAAGCGCAGGGAAAAUACUUGCAGUCGGUGCUGGAGAAGGCACAUGAGACUCUCGCAAAACAGAACUUAGGCUCUGCCCCCGGUCUAGAAGCCGCCAAAGCGCAACUAUCUGAACUCGUAUCGAAAGUCUCAACCGAAUGCCUGCACAAUGCAUUUACUUUCGAAGAUGUCCACAGACACGCAGCGCAGUUCAACGACGGUUCGGUCGAUAGCUGCUUGACAUCGUGCGAAGGGUCACAAAAGGAGCAAGAGUUGCACACCAAGUGUAAGAGGACAGCUGCAGAAGAUAUCAAUUCUCAAGCUUUAUGGUUUAGAGACUCAAAUAAGCGUAAAAUCGCUUCUGCGUCAGCUGCUAGAGAUCAAGAUAUGAAUGACUACCAUGUCCAAAGAGACUCUGGCAUGUUAUCUAUCGGCCUCGCGGCACAUGACGCUAAGGAAAUGAGAGGCAACGUUUUCGAGGCUCGACGAAAUGACCCAUGUCUCACGACCCAACUGGAUCUAAACGCGAAUUAUUCGAGUGACGCAGCUCCAAACUGCAAAAAGUUUGACUUGAAUGGUAUUAGCUGGACUUAGCAGAGGAAUGUUUAAAGAAUCAGUUUGCGGUAGAGAUGGUGAAUAAAUUUAGAAUCAUUUUUCGGUUGCCUCGAGCAACUGUUAUGAUCAUUGUGUACACAACCUAUAUAGAUAUAUGUAAGAAAAACUAGUUCUAUAUUAUGUGCCAUCAAAGCAUUGCAGAAUAAGUGAUGGAUAUGAAAUAAAAAGCUGUUUCCGCGACAAA